AAAAAAAGCAAAUUUCACAUGAUUUCCACGAUUCAACGUCACAAGUAGCACACGCCCUCUGAACACGGUUAAAGUUAUGAUGCUCGUCAGCAGAGGAAAGCCAGGUUCACUCUCGUUUUGGGACGAGCUUUGUCCAUUUGAUGUUUUGCCCUCACUUUGCUAAAUUUGCACUUUUUCAGCAUGGUGACUGCCAUUUUUGUAACUCCUACUUAUGCUGUUUGUUUGCAUGCUUACAACCGGAACUGUGUCUCCAUUUAGAGGUCGACACACAGACACGUCCCAAUCAUCAAAAAAAAGAAAGAAGGAAGGAAAAUCAAUCUUGUGUUUCUUAAGGGGAAUCCUACUCAUUCUGCCGUUAAAAUGAUUUUAAAUCUUGCUAUUUAUGUGGUUACAAACCCUCAUUUCAUUAUCAGACACUGUAGUACCAUGUGGUGACUGAUAGUUAUUGGUCCCUUGCUAUCGCUGGGGGGGGGGGGGAAAAGGACAAUGCAGCCCCAUGGAUCUGGUAUCUGCGUUUCCACAGCAACGCAUAUUAAAUUACGUGGAGGCUUUCAGGUGGUGGACUUUAAACAGAGGUGGAGGGACGGCUGACGCACACCACAGGCAACUCUUCUUCCUGGAAAGAAACACAGCAACUGCAAAAAUGGCUAAAUUCUUCACACCAGUUCAAAUCAACGAGUUCAAAGAGUGCUUCUCCUUGUACGACAAGAAACAAAAGGGCAAGAUCGUUGUCAAAGACCUGAUCACAGUCAUGCGCUGCCUGGGUACAAGCCCCACGUUCGGGGAAAUCGAAAGACAUCUACAAGUUCACAAAAUCGAAAAGAGCGGUGAGCUGGACUUCUCUACGUUUCUGACGAUGAUGCACAGACAGAUGCAACAGGAGGACCCCAAGACAGAAAUCCUGGAGGCCUUGAGGAUGACGGACAAACAGAAGAAAGGGUACAUCCAGGCGUCUGAGCUCCGGGCCAAGCUCACCAUGUUGGGGGAGAAACUCACAAACAAAGAAGUGGAUGAACUCUUCAAAGAGGCAAACGUCAAGUCAAACGGGACUGUCAACUAUGAAGAGUUCACACAGAUGGUGACACUGCCACCCGUCGAUUACUAACUUUCCAAACUGACUGUACACACAUUUAACUUGGUUUGCAGAACUCACAUGAUGUUGAAACUGGCAAUUCUGUACUAACAGACUAUUGAGACUGAAAACAUCCUUCCCCUCGUCUUUCUUUCUCAUGAAUAUUCUAUGAUCGUUUAAUUAAACCUCUUUCCAAAGGUUUCCUCUAUGACUGAACACAUUGUGAAGCAAUGCUGUUAUAAUGUAAUGUAACUAACAAUAUGUGAUAUGAUUUGGCUUGUCAUCCUUUGAUGGGAUCAAAUUAAAUUCUCUUUCCACUUUUUGUCAAACCCGACCCUCCACCCAAUCAAAUGUAAUGUCCAGUUUGAUAUUUUGUGCAUGUACUUCCGCUUGCUUAUGAGCGAUAUAUUAAACCCUUCAUUUCAUAUUGUAGAUUUUCUUCACAGUCAGCAGUCAACUUUCUACACAUCAGUAUUAAACUGCAUUAUCCUCUUAAACUUGUGAUAAAAGCCGUUUAAAUCUUUUUUUCUGUUGAAAUGUAUAUUUUUAACAAAUGCAUUUUAAACCAUCGUCCAUCUUUUUCAUUCUCUCGUUCAGCCGUUUUGUCAUCUCAAGUCACACAUGCCUAACUGUCAGGCCUUUGACAUUUGUGAACAUUGCAUUUACAUAAGUGACUUGUAAUUUGCAUUUUCUUUCCCCCACAAGUUUUAUUUUGCAGUAUAUAAAUAUCCAUAUGUAAUAAUAACAGCACUGAUUAAUACCACUUUUUUCCAAAACAUGUAAUUGUUGUACGGGAAGGUCACAGUGGGCUUUUGUUAAGAGAUUGUAAUUAGCCAACUGAUUGCUUUGAAAAUGUGUUUAUUUGCUUUGAUUUUUUUUUAUUUGGAUUUUUGACUAGUCUUGAUUUUGUGGUUGGAAACCAACAAUCAUUAAAUGUACAAUCUUUAAAAACAGAAAAAGAGCAGAAACAGUCAGUCCAACAAACUAAAUUGAGAGGAAGAAAAAUUGAAAGUCUUGCAUAAUCCCUGCAAUAUGUUUGUAAAUGGAACUCCUAUGAGUUUCUCAGUUUGACUUCCGAAUAUAAAACAUACCCGGAUCUACCGCAGUGCAUCAGUGGAGCCCAAAGAGCCAGACGGGUUUAUACACAUUGGAAACUGUUUGGAAAACUUUAAAAAUAAAUACUUGGUAAGUGAU